AUGUACCCAGACGUUAUUGCUAGUGAUUCUCAGCGACAGGGCGUCUCCCGACACCCAGGAGGAGGUAGUCGACAACCGUUAGGGAGGGGAACGACGUCGUUUGACGAUAUGUCGAUAGUCGAGGUGAUUUCGCUUGAAACACCCCCUUCGAUGGCGACGGAAGGUUUCGAGGUGACGCAGGUCGAUAAGGGAGGUCCUGCUGGUACCGUAAAGACCGAGGGAGGUCGUAAGAACGCUCAGUGGACGUUAGCGGACGAUCGUUUGAUGUUAGAACUGCUUACGGAGGAACAACGUCGAGGUCGACGGGCCGAUAACGGUUUCAAACGAGGUACGUGGGCGUCAGUCGCCGCUGAGGUGAACAAGAUACGUAGUAAGGGUGGGGAGAAGGACGAGAAGUCAGCUAAGUUCCGUUUUAACAAGCUCAAGAACGACGGGUGGAAGCCUUGGAACACGCUGUUGAAACGCUACAGCCAGUCAGGUGCCGGAUUUGACGAAGAGAUGAAUACGUUGAGCCUCCCUGAUGGUGCGUGGGACGAAUUGAAGGAGUCUGGAAUGAAGGACAAUCUAGCACUCUACGCACUGCGAGGCCGGAGUAAUGAACUCUACCUAUUGCUAGAUGACCUCGUUUCAAAGACUACCCCCGACGGUCGUUUCGCAAUCGACCCUUUCGCUAUCGACCCUUCUCAAACACCCGGCGGUACAUCGAAAUCGGCGAAAGCGAUGGGGAAACGGCUGUUAGGCGUCGAGAAGGCUCCAGGGAAGACCGGCUCGAUGUAUACCUGCGAGGACAUAUCCGGGAGUAAUGUAGAACGUAGGACUAGGGUAUAUAGAUGUAAUAACAGAUGA